CCAACCGCCAUGAAAAAAACAAAAGAAGAAGAAGAAAAAGAAGCACAUCGAAGGAAAAAGACGCUAAUAAGUCAGUCUUAUUAUUUCUUCUCCAGUUUGAAAUAUUUACGUCGUAUAAAAUACAUCUUUGAUUCUUCAGUCAAGUAUAAAGUCGUCUCGAUGCGCUAUAAUCACUGUGCCGCUUCUCCUGCUAUCUUUGCUUGUUAGUUAGCUUAGCUCGCUAGUUAGCUUAGCUUGUUAGCCGCUAACAAAGAGACGCGGACGUUAUCAACACAUCACUUAAGUUGAGAUCAAAUGUGAGAGCAAAGUGUUGUGAUUGUGUGGAAAUGUGCGAAAGAACCAUAGCAAAGUAUGAGGAGGAACUUUGUCCUACAAAAGAGGAGAAGGAGCGACAACAUCAACUACUGGACGCUGUUUUCAAGAAACAUCAAGUUGUGUUACACAGAACAGACGUCCAGCAGCACCCCCACAUUAAAGAGGAAGAGGAGGAUCCACAGCCUCCCCACAUUAAAGAGGAAGAGGAGGAAGUGUGGGUCAGUCAGGAGGGAGAGUGUCUUCUAGGGCAGGAGGAGGCUGAUGUCAGCAAGUUUCCACUGACUGUUGUCUCUGUGAAGACUGAAGAGCAUGAAGACGAAGCAGCUGAGUCCUCACAGCUUCAUCACAGUCCAAACCUCAAUGAAGAACAUCUUCCUCAUGAGCAGGGGAAGGAGCCACAGUCCCCCCACAUACACGAGGAAGAUGAGGUACCACUGUCCCAACACAUCAAAGAGGGAGGAGAGGAGCCACAGCACCCCCACAUUAAAGAAGAAGAGGAGGAACACAGCAUCAGUCAGGAGGGAGAGCAUCUUGAAGGACUGCUGGAGUUCCCAGUGACUGGUGUCCCUGUGAAGAGUGAAGAUGAUGAGGUGAAAGGUCGUACUUCCAUCCAUCCAUUUCCUACCGCUUAUUCCCUUUUCGGGGUGUCGGGGGGCACUGGCGCCUAUCUCAGCUACAAUCGGGCGGAAGGCGGGGUACACCCUGGACAAGUCGCCACCUCACCGCAGGGCCAAAGGUCGUACUUGAUUUCUUCAAAAAAAGUACUUUUAUCAGUCAACUAAAUGGCUUUUUCAAACCAUUGCUGUUCAAAGAUGGAUUUGUUUCUCAUUUGAAUAUAAGAACAAUUCCCUAGUGGAGUAUUGUGUGUGAUGAAGUUGUGUUUGUAAAUGAGUUUCCAGUACAACAACAUGGGUACUGUUCACUUCUAAUUCCAUGUUUUAUGUGUUAUAUAUUUCAAUAUAUUGUGUGUUUGUAUUUUGCCAACAUGGUAGAAUCACAUGAUAGGCAGGUUGUAUCAAGUUUUUCUGUCAGAAGAGCCAGGUUUUGUUUGGACCAGCAAUAUGUAGCUGGAUUGACAAGUAUGGCAAGUUCCUGUAAGCGUUGUAAGAAAAGCAAAAGGUUGCAUUAAAGCACAUGUUAUUCCCGCUCACUCUCCCAUCCAAAUACUAACCAGGCCUGACCGGGCUUACAUUCUCAGAGCUGACCAAGUCCGGCAUGCUCAGUUUAGUAUGGCCGGAAACUCGGCAAAGAAGCUCCAAAUCACAUUUUUAAAUGUGACAAGCUGCUUGACAGGACCUUUCAGCAACGAGCAAGGUGCGUGUGAUACAAUAAUCACUGCUCUCUUUCUCAGCCUCUCCAACUCUUUGGACGUUUACGCCACUGCUAGCACUCUUGAUGAUACUGCAAACCUUGCUAGCGGGGGUCGGUGUGACGUGAGGGUGCAUCCAACACACUUACAGCAACUUUAUGUUGCUGAUUAGACCGACAAGCCAAUCCCACAUUUUCAACACUCCUUGUUGUCGGUUAAAAACGUAGCUUUGGGCGGCACUUUGGACACACCUGCCGUAGACUACGAGGAGCUAGCAGCUACACAACAGCACUUUUAAGCAUAUCAAAUAAUUAUAGUUGCUUAAUAUGUACACAAAGUCUCCAAAAUCUGAUAGAAAGUAUCCAGUAACAACGUUCUGCGCCAUGAGCUUGACUUCAUGAAUGAUUGUGGCCAGCAGGUGUUGUGAAAGAUCAAAUGACCAUUGCAAAAAAAUGACAUUGAUUAUGUUGCGGGUCGUUUUGACCCGUACUGUGUAAAUGCGCUCAAAACAGUCAAGAAAACAGGUUAAACCAAUAACAAUUUUAUUUUAGGUUAUAUAAACCUCCAUCCAUUUUCUACCGCUUAUUCCCUUUCGGGGUUGCGGGGGGCGCUGGCGCCUAUCUCAGCUACAAUCGGGCGGAAGGCGGGGUACACCCUGGACAAGUCGCCACCUCAUCGCAGGGCCAACACAGAUAGACAGACAACAUUCACACACUAGGGCCAAUUUAGUGUUGCCAAUCAACCUAUCCCCAGGUGCAUGUCUUUGGAAGUGGGAGGAAGCCGGAGUACCCGGAGGGAACCCACGCAUUCACGGGGAGAACAUGCAAACUCCACACAGAAAGAUCCCAAGCCUGGAUUUGAACCCAGGACUGCAGGACCUUCGUAUUGUGAGGCAGACGCACUAACCCCUCUGCCACCGUGAAGCCCUAUCAUAUAAUUAUAGUUGCUUAAUAUGUACACAAAGUCUCCAAAAUCUGAUAGAAAGUAUCCAGUAACAACGUUCGGCGCCAUGAGCUUGACUUCAUGAAUGAUUGUGGCCAGCAGGUGUUGUGAAAGAUCAAAUGACCAUUGCAAAAAAAAAUGGCAUUGAUUAUGUUGCGGGUCGUUUUGACCCGUACUGUGUAAAUGCACUCAAAACAGUCAAGAAAACAGGUUAAACCAAUAACAAUUUUAUUUUAGGUUAUAUAAACCUCCAUCCAUUUUCUACCGCUUAUUCCCUUUCGGGGUCGCGGGGGGCGCUGGCGCCUAUCUCAGCUACAAUCGGGCGGAAGGCGGGGUACACCCUGGACAAGUCGCCACCUCAUCGCAGGGCCAACACAGAUAGACAGACAACAUUCACACACUAGGGCCAAUUUAGUGUUGCCAAUCAACCUAUCCCCAGGUGCAUGUCUUUGGAAGUGGGAGGAAGCCGGAGUACCCGGAGGGAACCCACGCAUUCACGGGGAGAACAUGCAAACUCCACACAGAAAGAUCCAAAGCCUGGAUUUGAACCCAGGACUGCAGGACCUUCGUAUUGUGAGGCAGACGCACUAACCCCUCUGCCACCGUGAAGCCCUAUCAAAUAAUUAUAGUUGCUUAAUAUGUACACAAAGUCUCCAAAAUCUGAUAGAAAGUAUCCAGUAACAACGUUCGGCGCCAUGAGCUUGACUUCAUGAAUGAUUGUGGCCAGCAGGUGUUGUGAAAGAUCAAAUGACCAUUGCAAAAAAAUGACAUUGAUUAUGUUGAGGGUCGUUUUGACCCGUACUGUGUAAAUGCACUCUAAACAGUCAAGAAAACAGGUUAAACCAAUAACAAUUUUAUUUUAGGUUGUAUAAACCUCCAUCCAUUUUCUACCGCUUAUUCCCUUUCGGGGUCGCGGGGGGCGCUGGCGCCUAUCUCAGCUACAAUCGGGCGGAAGGCGGGGUACACCCUGGACAAGUCGCCACCUCAUCGCAGGGCCAACACAGAUAAACAGACAACAUUCACACUCACAUUCACACACUAGGAACCAUUUAGUGUUGCCAAUCAACCUAUCCCCAGGUGCAUGUCUUUGGAAGUGGGAGGAAGCCGGAGUACCCGGAGGGAACCCACGCAUUCACGGGGAGAACAUGCAAACUCCACACAGAAAGAUCCCAAGCCUGGAUUUGAACCCAGGACUGCAGGACCUUCGUAUUGUGAGGCAGACGCUCUAACCCCUCUUCCACCGUGAAGCCCUAUCAAAUAAUUAUAGUUGCUUAAUAUGUACACAAAGUCUCCAAAAUCUGAUAGAAAAUAUCCAGUAACAACGUUCUGCGCCAUGAGCUUGACUUCAUGAAUGAUUGUGGCCAGCAGGUGUUGUGAAAGAUCAAAUGACCAUUGCAAAAAAAAAUGACAUUGAUUAUGUUGCGGGUCGUUUUGACCCGUACUGUGUAAAUGCACUCAAAACAGUCAAGAAAACA